AUGUAUAAUACGUCAACUGCUCCGGAGGCGAUAGAAUGUCAGUGUCCAGGAUCCCCCAGUGACACUGUGAGUGACAUGGAUUGGUAUUGGAAUCCGAAUUCGUUCCCGCUGCUGGCCGCAACUUCCUGGGACGGGUCGGUGACGGUGUGGGAGGUGCAGACGAACAAGCCUCUGACCCUAAACCCCACCCCGGGUCCGACUGCUUCCUCAGAUGCUGAGGACCCGAGGCCGACGCAAAUGCAAGCCAUAGGAAAACUUCAAGUCAACGUGGGCUCCCCUGCUCUAUGCUGCUGUUUCUUACUCGGUGAAGGUAUUGUCAUUGGAACAUUGGACAAGCGAUUAAUGUUGAUGAAGCUGCCGAAUGGCGAGUUGAGCCAGCUUGGUCAGCAUGAGGCUGCGAUAAAGAGGGUCCGCUUAGAUACAGGUAACAGGUGUGUGGUAUCGAUCGGAUUGGAUAGUGCGAUAAAGUGGUGGAAUUACGAGACGGGUCAGUUGAUGCACACAAUUAAGUUGGUAAGUCCGCCGGUGGAUGGUGAUUUGAAGAGUAGCGUAUUGAGUGUGAUGUGUGAGAAUCAUCGGUUGUACACAUACAACCUGAAUGAUCUGCGUUCGAAUCCUACGGAUGUGCACAUGACGUCGUUCAACUAUCCGUUCAUCACGGUGUCAUUACACCCGGAUCUAACCUCAUUAGCGACGGGUGGUGUGGAAGGUCGUGUGCGCAUAGUCAAUUUCCAACGGUCGAACUCGGAUUUCACGUUCCGAUGCCACCGUCUGACGGACGCGGGUCAGGUCACUUCGACCGUGUCGACCAACGUCGAAGAAAAUAACAUCUACUGUGUCAAUUCCGUCGACUUCAACCCCCUCUAUAAAACAUUCGCCACAGCCGGCGGUGAUGGCUACGUCCUCUUCUGGGAUAAAGAUAACAAGGCCAGAACCGGGCUCCUGAAACAAAAGUCCUCCGCCAUCACUCAAGUCAAAUUUCACCCUUCUGGUAGACUACUUGCUGUCGCAACCGGCUACGACUGGUCCCUUGGUAUCACUGGACGCACACAGAAGAAUCACACAUAUCAAGUCUCAGUAUUUUCACUGCCUGACGUCUGUAUCAAAAAGAAAAAACCCUAG